UCCCCGCGUGGUUACUGCCCUAAUCUGUUUUGCUAGAGAGUGGAGAGUACACUCUUCCAUAAAAACACAACAGUGACUAAACCUCUCCAAAACCGUACGUCUCCUCUCAGAACCACAGAUCAUCAAUGGCGUCAUCCGAUCCAACUCCCGUGGAUUCAUCAAAAGUGUUGACAGCUCAUCUCAACAAUAUACCCAACAACCAGUUUUUCGUUUGGAGGGAGUUCGUAUGGGGUGCAAUUGCCGGAGCUUUUGGGGAAGGAAUGAUGCACCCGAUUGAUACUAUCAAAACUCGCAUUCAAAGCCAGGCCAUUCUUGGUGGAUCUCGGAACCAGAAAAGCGUGUUACAAAUGAUCCAAACUGUCUGGACUACAGAUAGUUUAGCUGGAUUUUAUCGAGGAGUAGCACCAGGGAUCACUGGGUCUUUGGCGACUGGAGCUACUUAUUUUGGGGUCAUAGAGUCAACAAAGAAGUGGAUUGAACAUACUCAUCCGAGUCUUAGUGGCCAUUGGGCAUAUUUCAUUGCUGGAGCUAUAGGUGAUACAUUAGGCUCAUUUGUAUAUGUCCCGUGUGAAGUGAUAAAGCAACGCAUGCAGGUCCAAGGCACAAGAAAGUAUUGGACUUCUGUUUUGUUAAAGGAUGGUGCCCAUAUGGAACACGGCCUGAACACAUAUGGUUACUAUUCAGGAAUGUUUCAAGCUGGCUGCUCUAUUUGGAGGGAACAGGGGCCAAAGGGUUUAUAUGCAGGAUACUGGUCCACACUUGCUAGAGAUGUGCCCUUUGCUGGCUUAAUGGUUACUUUCUAUGAGGCCUUUAAAAAUAUGACAGAGUACGGGAAACAAAAAUGGUUUCCCAACUCAAAUCUUCAAUUGAAUAGCUCUGUAGAGGGGCUCUUGUUGGGAGGACUAGCUGGGGGUUUAAGUGCAUAUCUAACCACACCCUUUGAUGUUGUUAAAACAAGAUUACAAGUACAGGGGAAAAUAUUAAGGUAUAGUGGUUGGUCCGAUGCCGUUCAUAAGAUAUGGGUGACUGAGGGUUUGAGGGGGAUGUUCAGAGGUAGCAUUCCUAGAAUUACAUGGUACAUCCCGGCAUCAGCACUAACCUUCAUGGCUGUCGAAUUGCUGAGAGAGACAUUUAAUGAAAGGCUGGACAACAGCAACAAACUGACUGGGAGUAAUAGUAGUAUGUCGAUUGACAAAAAAGAUUCUUCAUUACAAGAGGUCUCCUAAAACACUCUAUCCUCCACUUCAUACUCUGCUGCUAUUCUCAUGAUGGGUACUUUUGUCAAUAUAUGUUAAGACUGUUCUGACCGACAUCUUAUGCCAAGGCAUUGACCCGGUAUUGUAGGAGAUUAAAGCAUAUUAUUUCAGCUCAAACAUCUAGAUCACUCUUGAGUUGAGAAAUGAUAUUUUAUGCUAAUGGUCUUUUUGGAAAACAGAAUGCAAGAUCUACGUAAAUAAUAUGAUUACUUCCUGGAACGUAAUGUGAAAAAGUGCGCGAAUGGAUGUUACAUUGAACAGUGCGGUAUACUAAUAUGGAACUCUAUCCGGAAAGGGUUAUUGUGAUCA